AUGGAGCAACUGGCCAAGAUAUCGCCGUUUGAGACUGUCCUUGAAUUUGGAAGAGGUAGCUCAGUCCUGUCACCUGGGACGAUCGGAGUACUUCUGCUUCUCAUAAUAUGGGCUCUCUUUAAGCAAGCGACACAAACUCAAGUACCAAAAAUACCAAAGAUACCGGAUGCACCAGAUGCGCUUCCCUUCGUUGGGAACCUCAUGACUCUUGGUGGACGACUGAAUGAAAACGACUCCACAAUAUACUCACGAUGGUCCAAGAAUCUAUCGAGCGACAUCUUUCAAAUGCGGCUCGGCAGCGAAAGGGCAGUGGUAGCCAACACUUUCUCGACUAUUAAGGACCUCUGGGUCGGGCAUUCCAACGACCUAAUCGACAAGCCGCAACAACAUGGCUUUACAGAAAAACUCGAAUACGAUCUCUCUGGAGCGAAUAUGACAGAGGCAAUUCGAAGAUGCAGGAAAGCAGCGACACGAGCAUUGGGCAAAUCUCUUUGGCCGACAUAUUAUCAUUUGCUGGAGCCGGCGUCGGUCUCCCUCACUCGAGAACUUCUCUCCAAAGGUGAUGAGUAUAUGGACAUCUAUCCAUACCUCCGACACAUCGUUUUCGAUCUCGCGCUUUCUCUGACGUAUGGUACCGUGUCCAAUGGCGUCGAUGACGAAUUCACGGAUGCGUUGGUCGAGAGCAUCAACCAGAUCUCAUAUUUCAGAGCGUCGACGCAAAGACUCAGAGACUACGUACCGAUACUGAGAUUGCUCAUUCCAGACUUUGCUAGUGGGAAUGCCGUUGUAGCAGCGGAGAAACGGCGACAAGAGCAUCUCGAUGUCAUCUUCGAUGCGUUGAAGAAGAGGAUCGCGUCAGGAGAGCAAGUAGACUGUAUCGUCAACGGCCUUGUAAAAGACAAUCUCUCAGAACCAGAGAUCCAUGGAACGUGCAAAGCUCUUCUCCAAGCUGCACCUGACUCCACUGCCUCAUCUAUGUAUGUUGUGAUUGGCUGGCUCUCAAUACCUACAGGCCAAGAAUUCCAGUCAGAACUUUAUGAUGCUAUCUUGGCUUCUUAUGAUGGGGAUAGAGAUAAAGCGUGGGAGAUGGCGUUCCGAGAAGAAAGUGUUGAGCUGCUUGUUUCACUGUACAAGGAGACCCUUCGAUUCUGGACAACCACCCCGUACUCCCUUCCACGCACGACGGUCAAGGAUAUCAGCUACUGGGACACCGUCAUUCCCAAGGGCACAACGAUGAUCAUGAAUGCUCAACAAGCAAAUCAUGAUACGGCUUGGUACGGAGACGAUGCGUUGGAGUUCAAGCCCACGAGGUUUAUUGGAAAGACGGAUUCCUUACCUCACUUGACGUUUGGGGCUGGGUCAAGAAUCUGUCCUGCUGCCGCAUUGAGCAAUCGAAUUAUAUAUGCUCUGAUUGCGAGACUCGUCCUAGCAUUCAAGAUCAACGAGCCGAAAGAUCUCAAUGCAAGGAAAGCCAACGCGGAUAUGCUGGACUUCUCAGCAGAGUACAGGAGCUUGGUGGCUAUGCCAAGACGGUUUGAUGUCUCAUUUUCACCAAGAGAUGAGAUUUGGAUUCGGACGAAGAUGCUGUGA